GGCUCCAGAAGACGCCCCCGUGCACCGCAGCGAGCUGCUCCCCCUCCGGCCGGGGCACCCCGUCGGGCACCCGCCGCCUGCGCUCCGCCCCCGGGGGCCGCCGCCGGGCAGCGGGACCGUCCGCGCCGGCCGCCAAGAUACAUGAUGGGCAGAACUUAUGAACUGCAGGUAUGGAUUGGUGAUUGAACUGCUUCUCACUCCGGCAACUCCAGGUAGCAUUCUCCAGGGCGAGUAGCUGCGUGGCUUUUGUGGUGUGUCCUGGAGAACUGAAUGACCAAUGCACUAUUUAAAGCAUCCUCAUGACAACCCUGCAAGGCAGUGGGAUCCGCAUCCUUAUUAGCCCAUUGUGCAGAUGAGAAAACUGUGGCAUGGAGAGGCCAAGUAACCUGCCCAGAGCUGGUUUUCAUUGGAGAUCAAGUCCUGCUUCUAGAAUGCGUUGGGGGAAGAGUUGGGGAAGAUCAUUCUCCAUUUUUACCCAGGAUUGUGGUUUCUCGUCCCGGAUAAGACACUUGGAGCACAGCGAGUACACAGUCAUUAAUGAAGCCUGCCCCGGAGCUGAGUGGAAUAUCAUGUGUCGCGAGUGCUGCGAAUAUGACCAGAUUGAGUGCGUCUGCCCUGGAAAGAAGGAAGUUGUGGGGUAUACCAUCCCUUGCUGCAGGAAUGAGGACAAUGAGUGUGACUCCUGCCUGAUUCACCCAGGUUGCACCAUCUUUGAAAACUGCAAGACAUGCCGAAACGGCUCAUGGGGUGGCACACUGGACGACUUCUACGUGAAGGGAUUCUACUGUGCAGAAUGCCGGGCGGGCUGGUACGGAGGAGACUGCAUGCGAUGUGGCCAGGUUCUGCGAGCAUCGAAGGGUCAGAUUUUUCUGGAGAGCUACCCGCUAAAUGCUCACUGCGAAUGGACCAUUCAUGCCAAACCUGGGUUUAACAUCCAGCUAAGGUUUGUCAUGCUGAGCCUGGAGUUUGACUACAUGUGCCAGUAUGACUACGUGGAGGUCCGUGACGGGGACAACAGCGAUGGCCAGAUCAUCAAGCGUUUCUGUGGCAAUGAGCGGCCAGCUCCCAUCAGGAGCACGGGCUCCUCGCUCCACAUCCUCUUCCACUCAGAUGGCUCCAAGAAUUUCGAUGGCUUCCAUGCCAUUUUUGAAGAGAUCACAGCGUGUUCCUCGUCCCCUUGUUUCCAUGACAGCACGUGCCUUGUUGACCAAACGGGAUCUUACAGGUGUGCCUGCCUGGCAGGCUACACCGGGCGGCGCUGUGAAAACCUCAUUGAGGAAAGAAACUGCUCAGACCCUGGGGGUCCAGUCAAUGGAUACAAGAAAAUAACAGGCGGCCCUGGGCUCAUCAAUGGGCGCCAUGCAAAAGUUGGCACUGUCUUCUCCUUCUUCUGUAACAGCUCAUAUGUCCUCAGUGGCAAUGAGAACAGAACUUGCCAGCAGAGUGGAGAGUGGUCAGGGAAGCAGCCCAUCUGCAUAAAAGCCUGCCGAGAACCAAAGAUCUCAGACCUGGUGAGACGGAGAGUGCUUCCAAUGCAGGUUCAGUCCAGGCAGACCCCAUUACACCAGCUGUACUCAUCCACCUUCAGCAAGCAGAAACUGCAUGGCAUCCCUACCAAAAAGCCAGCCCUUCCCUUUGGAGACCUGCCUACUGGGUACCAACAUCUGCACACCCAGCUCCAGUAUGAGUGCAUCUCGCCUUUCUACCGCCGCUUGGGCAGCAGCCGGAGGACCUGUCUGAGAACCGGGAAGUGGAGUGGGCGUGCCCCGUCCUGCAUCCCCAUUUGUGGGAAAACGGAGAACAUCACUUCUCCGAAGACCCAGGGGCUGCGCUGGCCAUGGCAGGCGGCCAUCUACCGAAGAGUCAGCGGGGUGCAUGGGGGCAGCCUGCACAAGGAUGAGUGGUUCCUGGUCUGCAGUGGUGCCCUGGUGAAUGAGCGGACCGUGGUGGUGGCUGCCCACUGCGUAACUGACCUGGGGAAGGUCACCAUGGUCAAGACAGCAGACCUCAAAGUUGUGCUGGGGAAAUUCUACCGGGAUGACGACCGAGAUGAGAAGACCAUCCAGAGCUUGCGGAUUUCUGCAAUCAUUCUGCACCCCAACUACGACCCCAUCCUGCUGGACGCUGACAUCGCCGUCCUGAAGCUCCUGGACAAGGCUCGCAUCAGCACCCGCGUCCAGCCCAUCUGCCUCGUGGCCACCCGGGACCUCAGCACCGCCUUCCAGGAGGCCCACCUCACCGUGGCCGGCUGGAACAUCCUGGCAGAUGUGAGGAGCCCCGGCUUCAAGAACGAUGUGCUGCGCUCCGGGGUAUUCAGGGUGGUGGACUCACUGAUGUGUGAGGAGCAACAUGAAGAGCACGGCAUCCCCGUGAGCAUCACGGACAACAUGUUCUGUGCCAGCCGGGACCCCGCCGCCCCUUCCGACAUCUGCACGGCAGAGACGGGGGGCAUCGCGGCUUUGUCCUUCCCGGGACAGGCGUCCCCUGAGCCGCGCUGGCAUCUGGUAGGGCUGGUCAGCUGGAGCUACGACAAAACAUGCAGCCACAGCCUCUACACAGCUUUCACCAAGGUUCUACCUUUCAAGGACUGGAUUGAGAGAAACAUGAAGUGAGCUCAGGCCCACUGAGGGAGUGUCUGUGCCUCCGUGCAUGCAUGCGUGUGUUGCACAAGUCAGUGUGGACCUGAGGUGGGACUCUGCCCUUGAAUUUGGCUGAGCCAGGGCUUCUGAUUUCAAGCACAGAGCUUGUGGGGGGCAAGGAGAGCUCACUUGUGGUAGGCCCCUGCCUCCCUGGCUGCUCUGACCAUUUGGAAGAUACCUGUUUGCAAGAACUGGGUUGCUUCAAAAAAGAUUAUGUGAAUAGCUAAGAAAAAGCUCCCAUUCAAAUGACCUGCCCUUUAAUGGUGCAAAUGUCAUGGUCAGCCCUGGUGGGGAAGAUUUGACUGGGAGGCCUGAGUUUCAUGAGGUCUCUUCCAAGGCUCCAUCCAUCCAGACCAAGUUCCAAGGAGCCACCUUCGGGACAGCCCAGGACAGCGGAGCCUGGAUGAGAUGUUGACAUUGGCUUUUGUGCACCUCCACAGUACCGUGUGGUCCUGCUCCUUCCCCAUCUCCUGUACACAUUUGAAUAAAAUAAGGGUUGGCUUCUGACCUACAGGA